UUUUUCAGGUCUUGUGUUAUCUGGCGCCGCUCUUUCCAAAGAACGUUAACUUGUUUUGGCAAGAUGAGAUUCCGAAGAUGAAGGCAUACGUGAGUGAUACAGAAGACUUAAAGCAGGAUCCUUCAUAUCAAGAGUCUUGGGAUGACAUGAUUAUCAAUUUUAUUGCAGAAUCUUUGGAUGUAAUUCAGGAUGUUGACUGGAUUAUAUCACUUGGAAAUGCAUUUGAAAAGCAAUAUGAACUUUAUAGUCCUGAUGACGAGCACUCUGCAUUGCUUCAUCGGUGUCUUGGAAUUUUGCUGCAGAAGGUUCAUGACAGAGCCUAUGUUCGCGCUAAGAUUUAUCUGAUGUACAAACAAGCUAAUAUUACGAUUCCAACAAAUAGACUUGGCUUAGCAAAAGCCAUGGGAUUGGUGGCUGCAUCACACCUAGACACAGUUCUGGAUAAGUUGAAAGACAUCCUCGACAAUGUUGGGAAAAGUAUCUUCCAAAGAAUUCUAUCAUUUUUCUCGGAUAGAGGUAAAAUGGAAGAAUCUGAUGAUAUCCAUGCUGCUUUGGCGCUAAUGUAUGGAUAUGCUGCAAAAUAUGCUCCCUCAACUGUUAUUGAAGCCAGAAUAGAUGCGCUAGUGGGGACUAAUAUGCUGUCACGACUUCUUCAUGUCCGCCAUCCUACAGCUAAGCAGGCUGUCAUCACAGCGAUUGAUUUAUUAGGUCAAGCAGUGAUAAAUGCAGCUGAAAGUGGUAUAUCAUUCCCCCUGAAAAGAAGAGACCAGUUACUUGAUUAUAUAUUAACAUUAAUGGGCAGCGAUGAGGAAGAUGGAUUUUCUGAAUCCAACACUGAGCAUCUGCGCACUCAGUCGUUUGCUUUAAGUGCCUGCACUACUCUGGUUUCCGUAGAGCCAAAAUUGACUACUGAAACAAGAAACCUUGUUAUGAAGGCCACAGUUGGAUUUUUUGGCUUGCCUAAUGAGCCUGCUGAUGUUAUCGACCCCCUUAUUGGCAACCUGAUUACUCUUCUAUGUACAAUACUCAUUACAAGUGGAGAGGAUGGAAGAAGUCGAGCAGAGCAAUUAUUGCACAUAUUGAGAAAGGUCGAUCUGUAUGUUUCCUCUUCUUUGGACUACCAGAGGAAAAGAGGGUGUCUUGCAGCUCAUGAGCUACUUUUCAAGUUUCGGAUGAUCUGUAUCAGUGGAUACUGUGCACUAGGAUGUCGGGGAACUUGCACCCACAGAGAGAAAACUGACCGUGCUUUACAUCACACCUUAUCUAAUUUGCCUUCUGCAUUUGCUUUACCAAGCCGUGAUGCUUUGCGCUUGGGAGAGCGUACAAUGAUGUAUCUUCCGCGAUCUGUAGAUACAAGUUCUGAAGUCCGAAAAGUUUCUGUUCAGAUCCUUCAUCUAUAUUUCAGUAUAUCUCUAUCACUUCCAAGGCCUGCAAAUUCUAGUUUCACCAAUGACAUUGAAUCAUCCUAUAGUGCUUUGUCUUCCCUUGAGGAUGUUAUAGCUAUUCUACGGAGUGAUGCUUCAAUUGAUCCGUCAGAGGUGUUUAACAGGGUUGUUUCAUCUGUUUGCAUCUUGCUGACAAAGGAUGAGCUUGCUGCAGCUUUGCAUGGUUGCUCGGGUGCUAUAUGUGACAAGAUCAAGCAAUCUGCAGAAGGUGCAAUCCAAGCAGUUAAUGAGUUUGUUACAAAGAGAGGGAAUGCGCUGAAUGAGACAGAUAUUGCAAGAACAACACAAUCAUUGCUCUCAGCGGUAAUUCAUGUGACAGAGAAGUAUUUACGUCAGGAAGCUCUUGGUGCUAUAUGUUCCCUUGCGGAGAACACAAGCUCAAGAAUUGUUUUCAACGAAGUUUUAGCUGCUGCAAGAAAGGACAUAGCCACAAAAGAUAUAUCUAGAUUACGGGGUGGGUGGCCAAUACAGGAUGCCUUCCAUGUGUUCUCACAGCAUUCAGUACUUUCAUUCACGUUUCUGGACCAUGUUAUGUCUGUCAUCAAUCAGUUGCCUCCUCUUGGAGGGGAUCUGGAUCACGAUGAAAGUUCUGAGCAUGCAGUUGAUAGUAUUGUAGAAGAUAAUAUUGCAAGAGCAGCUAUUGUUGCGCUUACUGCUUUUUUCAGGGGUGGUGGUAAAGUUGGUAAAAAAGCAGUUGAGCAAAGUUAUGCUUCUGUUCUUGCAACACUUACGCUUCACCUGGGCAGUUGUCAUGGCUUAGCUAGGACUGGUGAACUAGAACCACUGCGUGCUCUACUGGCUGCAUUUCAAGCAUUCUGUGAAUGUGUUGGUGAUCUGGAAAUGGGAAAGAUUCUUGCGCGAGAUGGAGAGCAAAGUGAAAAUGAGAAGUGGAUCAACCUUAUAAGAGAUCUGUCUGGCUGCAUUUCUAUAAAAAGACCAAAAGAGGUUCCAGACAUAUGUUUGAUACUGAGCAAAGCACUGGAUCGAUCUUUAAGAUUUCAAAGAGAAUCAGCUGCUGCGGCUUUGUCGGAAUUCUUACGCCAUAGUGACGGCUUUGGUCCCCUAUUAGAGCAGAUGGUGCAAGCACUUUGCCGGCAUGUAUCGGAUGCUUCUCCUACUGUUAGGCGCCUUUGUCUAAGAGGGCUUGUCCAGAUGCCAUCUAUCCAUGUUCUCCAGUAUACUACCCAAAUCCUAGGGGUGAUAUUAGCUUUGCUCGAUGAUUCAGAUGAGUCGGUUCAAUUAACUGCAGUCUCAUGUUUGCUGAUGGUUCUUGAGUCUUCAUCCAGGGAUGCUGUAGAACCUGUUCUCUUGAACCUUUCCAUACGGCUUCGAAAUCUGCAAGUGUGCAUGAAUGAGAAGAUCCGAGCCAAUGCGUAUGCUGCAUUUGGAGCACUGAGCACCUAUGGAACUGGGCCUCAACGAGACUCUUUUCUUGAGCAGGUCCAUGCUGCUUUCCCACGGAUGGUUCUACAUCUUCAUGAGGAUGAUCUUAGUGUGAGACAAGCUUGCCGAAGCACUUUGAAAUGCGUUGCUCCCUUGAUGGAAAUUGAUGGAAUAAAUGCUCUUUUGAACACUCAUUGGUUUAGUUCGGACCACCGAAGCGACUAUGAAGACUUUCUCCGAGAGCUUGCAAGGCAACUAACUCAACAUCUUGCUGCCCGAGUUGAUACGUACAUGGCAUCAAUAAUACAGGCAUUUGAUGCUCCUUGGCCAGUUGUCCAGGCAAAUGCUGUUUAUUUAUGUAGCAGCGUGCUUUCUCUCUCCGACGACAAGCACAUAUCAGCCCUCUUCUACAAUCAGGUUUUCGGGAUGCUAGUUGGCAAAAUGAGUCGUUCAACGGAUGCAAUUGUUAGAGCAACUUGUUCUUCAGCCCUAGGCUUGUUGCUCAAAUCAUCCAAUGCAAGCUCUUGGAAGGACGUUCGACUUGAUCGAGUUGAUUCAUCGCAUAGGGGCCAUGAACCAGAAUCUGCUAGGAGAUUAUGAAUAUUAAUUAGCGUAACCUACAGCAUCUACAUGAAAGCAGGAAACUCUCACGUUAAAUCUUCCCGUUUCAAGAGCUCUUAUGGUGGUUCAAAGUGUAUAGUUUUCGACAAUAUUUUUUGUUGUUGUCUCUAUGCCUCUAUUCUUUUUGUGUAUAUUAGGGUUGUAUAAAAGGUUUGGCUUUUUGUUGUAUCUGUGUAAAAUAGUGUGCCCGUGUUUGUACAUCCUUGUAAAGUGAUUCUCUCUAACAUCUCAUGUUAACAUUUAAUUCUAUUUAUGUAAAAGCUUGAGUCCAACCGCUAAUUGGCAAUUCUGGAACUAGAGACAAUUCGGCAAAGUUACUUGUCCGAGCAAUGUUUUUGGAAGCCA